AUGAUAGUUGUGUGGACUGGUAUCCGCAAGCGCGCUGGGCUAGCGGUCUCGAGUGAUCCUGAGAAAUGGCUUGUGCUUAUGUGGUUCCUUUGGAAGAAACGUAACGCACAAGUACAUAAUGGACAAAAGAUGGAGGAGAAUCAGAUUGCGGUGAGAGCUGAAUCUUUCUUAAAGGAUUACCAAGAUCAUCAGGACUACGAGAACAACAUGGAAGCAAUAGCCCAUGCAACGAUGUGGAGUCGCCCACCUGCACAGACGACGAAGAUCAACUUGCAGCUAGGGGUGGUAAUUGGUUGGUUAUCGGUGUGCCGAUUAAUGCCAAACUAUUGUCACCUACUCUUACAGGAAAAAAUCGCAGGAGCAUCAGCUACUAGAUUCGCGGUGGGUUGGGGUGACAAUUAUUCGAAGCAUAGGUGA